AUGACUCUAACGGGAUGGCGACGCGUUUUGAACAAAGUGAUGAUCAUACCUCAGCGCUAUGUCCUCGGUAUCAUGGGACUGUUCGCGCUGGGGAACUCCUUCACGAUGAGGGUCUGCCUCAGCAUGACCAUCACACAGAUGGUGCUCCACGCGGAGACUAGUGAACACAUCAUCGGAGAAACCUGCCCAGACCCAAAUAGUGUCAUCUCUAAUUCCACUGAUGAUGAGAAUAAUACUGUGUCUGUGAUAUUUACGGGUCGAGAUCGUUACGACUGGGAUGAGGCAACUCAAGGAUUCCUCCUAAGUGCAUUCUAUUAUGGUUAUGUGGCUACCCAUCUACCUGGUGGUCUGUUGGCUGAGAAGUUCGGAGGAAAAUGGACUGUUGGCCUAGGCCUUUUGUUGACUUCUGUGGCAACUGUUCUUACUCCUUGGGCUGUGUCGGUUGGUGGAGCGGUUGGCUUGUUCAUCAUCAGAGUCAUUGAAGGAUUUGGAGAGGGUCCUGUAACACCAGCAUUUGUCCUACUACUUGCAAGAUGGGCCCCACCAGCAGAAAGAUCCCGUUUUGGAGCAAUGAUAUUCGGAGGGGCUCAAGUUGGAAAUAUUUUCGGCCCAUACAUCUCUGGACUCCUUUUAGCAAAUGGCGGAGACUGGGCAAACGUAUUUUAUGUAUUCGGUGGACUUGGAAUUGUAUGGUUCAUAUUUUGGGUCCUGCUAUGCUACAGUACUCCAAAUUCCCAUCCAUUUAUCUCGGAAGAAGAAAAGAACUUUUUGAACAAAAAUAUUACAGCUUCUGGUUUACAUAAGAAACUGGACCCAGUGCCAUUCAAAGCACUCUUACGAUCUGCUCCCUUGUGGGUCCUAAUAUUGGCUGCCGUAGGCCACGACUGGGGAUACUUCACGAUGAUUACGGACCUCCCGAAGUAUUUCUCCGAUGUAUUGAAGUUCAAUAUCAAAGAAACGGGUUUGAUGUCGGCCUUGCCGUACAUUGCUAUGUAUAUUUGCUCCUUCAUAUUUGCUGGGCUAUGUGACUUAUGUGUCAAGAAGAAAUGGCAUAGUAUUGGCACUGGCAGGAAAAUUUAUACAACUGUUUCGUCUACCAUUCCGGCAAUCUUCAUUAUUCUGGCCUCGUACUCCGGCUGCAAUCGCCUUUGGGCCGUCGGCUUAUUCAUAGCCUCGAUGGCGUUCAUGGGGGGCUUCUACAGCAGCGUCAAGAUCAAUGCCAUGGAUAUCGCUCCCAAUUACGCUGGUACUUGCUCUGCUUUCGUCAAUGGGAUUGCUGCCAUAUCAGGCAUCAUUACACCGUAUUUGAUCGGAUUGUUGACUCCAGAUCAAACAGUUGGACAAUGGCGCAUAGCAUUUUGGACCGUAUUUGCAGUGUUGGUAGGAACCAAUCUCGUUUACGUUAUCUGGGGUUCAGGAGAGCCGCAAUGGUGGGAUGACGUGGACAAAUAUGGAUACCCACCUAAUUGGAAACAUGGACCGUUGAAGAAACGAGCAGUUGAUGGAGAGAAGAAAGUGGUAUACCCUAAACAUGACCACUCGCCUGUAGCAAAUGAUUGA